CUAUCGGUUCACACGGAACAUUUUGCGGUCGGACUACGAGAACGGAAGUUGUGUGCCUUGCUUGCUUGAGGAGGUCAAGUGAAACUGGUACUGCUCACCAGGAACGUUCAGGACAAACCAGUGUCGUGGUGGAGCUGCUGUAACAUCAUACAGUCAUGGUGAAGAAAAAGCAACUUCGUCCCAUAGCCGAAAUGGCUCGGAGGAUCCGGGCGUACCGAGAGCUCAAGUCCCGGCCGCGGGAUUCCCAGAAAUACGCCCUGGACUAUGAAACGAUGAAACGGCCUUACACGGGGAAGAUGCUGCCCGUGUUGGCCUGGCAGGAUGUUCGCAGGGAGAGCCGCCUCUUCUCCCUGCUGGCGGGCAUGAGGCUGUUCGGAGUGGGCCGCCUCUUCACCCGCAAGUCCUGGUUGGAGGACCACACAGAGCCCAGCUACUGGCAGAUCACCAAGGUCAAGGUGGACUACACGUCUGAGAACAUGGAUCAUGGCAAGACAUGGGGGAUCCUCACCUACAAAGGAAAACAGGAGAGCGAAGUCAAGGAGAUGGAUAAGGUGAUGUAUCACGACUGGCGCCUGAUUCCCAAACACAUGGAGCAGCAGUUCAGGGACUUUGAGCCGCUCCCCGAGCCACCUGUGCGCUACGUCCCCUUCCCCCCCUUGCUCCGCGCCAUGAUGCUGGCCCAGUACAAGAAAACAACAGGCAACGUACUCUCGGAGGAACCUGCCUUACCUUUAAAGAGGGAGGUCCAGCUCAACAAAGACUAUUUCUACAGGCAGGAACAAGAGAGGAAGAGGAAAGAGGGGACAGCGGUGUGAUGUAUUAAUGUGAUCUGCUAAUCUUGGACAUUUUGGACCAAAUCAGUGUUGACAGAAGCAGUUAACUUCUUCUGUCCAAACACACUUUGAAGCCCUCGCCUCAAAGUCCUGGACUCAAACGAAUUCCCUGUUAUUUCCAUCUGAAGCAGGCAUCUCUGUGUGUAGUGUUUCUGCGUCAUGUGCUAAAUAUUAAAUCUGAAAUAAAAUGAGACCACUCUCACUGA